AUGGCUACCCCCAGUGUCCUUACCUUUGAUGCUGAGGGUCGUGCUGUUGACUUUGAGGUCAGGGUCGAUGACCUCCAGCUGUUCCUACAGUGCGAUAGGGCAGACGGACUCUCCCUGUUCGAUCUCACCUCUGGUGCCUCUCCUGCCCCGCCUGCUACUGCUGACAGCACUAUUCGCUCCCAGUGGGCCACACGCGAUGCUGCUGCCCGUCUUGCUGUGCGUCGCCACUUACCGACCACUGGGCGUGCGCACUUUAGCCAGUACAAGAGUGCUAAGACCUUGGACCACUUCCUCUCAGUUUGCCACACAACAAUACCCGUUGACCUCCUCGAGGAGCGCCUCCUAGCAGCAGAGAAGAGCAUAGUCGAUGAAGGAGCCUCUCGUGGUGACCCUCGCACCCCCGUCUUUGAAGGGUGUUCCCCCUCCCCCCUCUUGCCCUCUGUUGCUUUUAUUGCUGCGGCCGACCUCGUUGGUUUUGAGUCGGUCGGCGCUGCGUCUGCCCCUAGCGGGAGACGCCGGACCGGCAAGGGCAAGGGGGGCAAGGGCGUUGGAGGGGCUGGCGGGGGCGGUGGAGGUGGUGGUGGAGGCAGUGGAGGGGGUGGGGGUGGUGGUGGGAGUGGUGGCGGGGGUGGAGGUGUCGGUGGCAGUAGUGGAGGCGGAGGAGGCGGCGGCGGUGGCGGAGGGAGCGGAGGCGGCGGAGGUGGCGGAGGCGGGGGAGGUGGCGGAGGCGGCGGAGGCAGCGAUGGAGCUGGUCGCAGCUCUGCGCAGAGGAGUGGCUCCGGUGGUGGUCCGCGCCAGCAGCAGCAGCGCAGUCGUGAGACCCCGUCCCCCCAGCAGCUUCGUGAGUGGUACGCCGGGCGUCAGCGAGGUGGGGGUACUGGUCCCUGCACCUACGUCCUCCGUACCGGCGACCGCGCUGGUGAGCAGUGCGGGGGCCCGCACUCCACCCAGCGCUGCUUCGGCCGCCAAACGGACGCGUGGCGUCACCAGUUCCUUGACGCCACUAAGAUCCCUCACUAG